AUGGAUAAAUCUCAGAAAGCAGAGUACAAUGCUGGCCAAAUUGCAGGCCAGACACAGGAGAAGGCUAGCAACUUGGUCGAAAAGGCUCAAGAUAAAGCCCAAUCUGCAAAGGACAGCAUGCAAGAGGGUGGUCAACAGAUGAAGGCCAAAGCACAAGGAGCCGCCGAGGGAGCCAAGGAUGCCGUUGGUGCUAACAAAUAAACAACCGAUCAUCGAUGGAUCUUCUAUUUCUAUUUCUCUCUCUUUUUUUUUUGUUUAUUUUCUCCUUUAAAUACACGAUCAUCUAUCUAUCUAUGGGGCUAUGAUCUACAUACAUGUUUUUGACAUGAGGUUUGAAUAUU